GGAUGAAUUUACUUUUGAGAAUCGCGAUCAUGGCGAAAGCGUCAUACGACAGAUCUUACAUACGGAAUAUAAGUUAUGUUUUAUAUCUGAGUGGAUUUCUAGUGAGUGCUUAAUUUCAAUAAAGCAUAAUGUAACAAUAUAUGAGCCUAAUACUUUGUAUACGGUACUCGGAAUUAUUAUAUUAUUCGAACAGCACUGAUUAUGCAACACUGGAUACUGGACAUAAAUAUAACAUGUAAAUGUAAAUAAAUGUCAAUGUACAUCAUUGUCAUCAUUCACGAUGAUCAUUCAUACCGUUAUAAGUUAUACAUCUUUAAUUCUUUGUCACAUGACUACGGUCGUCAUUGAAUGAAUUUUAAGUUGUCAACAAUGACAAUUCUUCUAAUUUCUAGUCACUAGUCUGUUCUAGCCUGCACUCCUGCACCAUGGCCAUGACCAUAGUCAUAGCAGCAUAGACUAUGUCCAUGCUCAUCAUUUUAAAAUGAAAUACAUGUCACUCACUGCCACAUGAUUAUGUGACUCAAUUUCAAUAACUCAAACAGAGCUACCAGUAAUACUUAUGAGUGAAAUUCUGACAUUAUUUUAUUUUCAUAUUUUAUUUAUGUCAUUAUGAAUAUGAAUAUUGACAUUGAAAAUGGACAGUUAAAUAAAAAUCGAAGCAAGCCUAAACUUUUAGAAGUUUUCACAUUCACUCUUUUAAAGUCUUUUGUUUGAUGGCCUAAGGGGCCAUCCAUAAAAUCAUAAUAAAUGACGUCAUGCAAAAUUUGCUGAUCCUUUACACACCCCCUCCCCCAGCGUCACAAAACGUUAGGCUCCCCCUCUAAUGUAACAUCACAAAUCUCUGCACUCUCCCCCCCCCCCCCACCCUCUGUCCUCUACUCAGUUAUACUGUACUUUACAAACCCUUACGAACUUCACCUCUCAAGGAUAUCAAAUUAUUCCACCUGUGUCAAAAACAUUUCACUAGAACUAUAAUUAAUGAUAUGAAUUUAUUUUUUUGUCAUUAAUGGCUAUUUUACAGUUAUUUUCAAAAAAUUUUCAAAAUUUUGAUUUCCCCUCUUAAAUGUUUAAUGAUAAAUGUUUCUGCUUGAAUUGUAAGUUGUGAGUUAGACAACUGCAGCCUCAAUGAAUUUUAUUUUCUUUCCCCUAAGGAUUUCUUUGGUGUCAGUAUGGUUGUGCCACUAAUUCUACCCCAGGCUAGAGAAUUGGGAGCUUCAUCUACUUUUGCAGGAAUUUUGGGCAAGUGUUUAAAUUUGAUCUAUCAAUCCAUCCAUGAGUAUAAUAUCUGAUCUAAAAUCUGUUCAUUAAAAAGUGGACACCCUUUGAUUUAGUGGGGAAAAGCCUGAAAAGUGUGAAUCCCGCCCCAUAAGCUGACCCUUAAAAAAAUUUGCCAUUUGAAUCAAUACAAAUAAUACAAUAUGAAGAAAAUAUUUUUCAUUUAAAUCCAAACUUUGAGAAAUAAUGAUUGUGUAAGUAAAAGAAUUAAAAAUAAAUAAAUAUACUGUAUUAUACAUAACACAUUUACUCCCUUCCUGUGUCUACGAGUAGAUACUUUACCUGAUAACCUUACAGAAAUUUUCAUGUUGAAAGAAAUGUGCUGUUGCCUUGUCUUUACACUGGCAUUUGGCAUAUAUUCUGCUAUACUAUACAUUUAAAAUAAAAAGUUUGCCUAACUGCACAUCUCUUUAAUUUAAUUAUUCAACGUAUGCACUUUGAUACUCUCUAAGGUCUCUAAGUACAGCCAAUCACGAAAGUCACAUUGUGAGGACAAAACGUGUGACCCAAUUUGGACAUGACUUUAACUUUAUGUUGACAUUCGUUCAUUAAUUUUUUUUACACUGUUUUCUAUAAUAGAAUCAAUGGUCUGGGAGAAAAUUAUAAAAAUCUCCUAUGCCUUGCUCAUAAGCUGAACUCCACAUUUAUUCCCCUGAAAUAUUUCCAAAAAAUUUCAGAUUAUGACAGUGACAAAUGAGUAUAAAAUGUAUUGUUUGUUUAAAAAUUAAAGCAGGGUUUUCCAACCUCGAACAAAGAGAAGCUGCUGACUCUUAAUCUAUGAUAUAAAUAUUUUUUUAAAUUAUAUUUUUAUUGACAUAUUACUUAAUGACUUUAUGUAAUAAUUUACAAGUUUACUUUAUUAACUUUAUAUAAGUUCUACAGUUAUCUUUUUAAUUCAAAAUAAAUGUUAUGUGUCCCUUUUUUUUUUUCUUUUAAAAUGCUUUGCUAAUUUUGUAGUAGAUGGGAAACUUAGUCAAAAAAAUUGUAAGUGGGGUUUAGAAUGCAGAUGAGGUUGAGAAAUGCUGAUUUUGAGGCUAUCAAGAAAAGCAAUAAUACCGGUAAGCCAGAUACCAGAGAUUAUUUUAUCUCAAAAAAAAAUAAAAAUCUGGCUAAUAUAACACCUGUCUUAAGUUUCAUCUCCCAAACUUGGUUAUUGAAAUGUAAAAUGAUUUGAUUUUUCAAUACAAUUAUUAUGUAUGGGUAGUGUUAGGUUCCUUUAAAUUUCUGCUAAUUACAAAUCUAUCACAGUUAAAUUUAAAAAACUUUUUAAGUCUACUUUCAUUAUUACAAAUUUCAAAGGGUACAUUGUAAAUUACCUGUUGUAAAAAAACACUGCAAAAAUUCAAAGUGUCUUAAGGUUUUUUGCUUAAUUUAAUGCUAAAAAUAACUAAGAGUAUUUAGCUCUAAAUGACAAAUAGCUCAGGAAAUACUUAGGAAUGUUGGGUUACAUAGUCCUGCAUGUUAUAUCAAAUUUUAUAUUAAUUAUCUUUCUUUGAUUUCAUUGUUAACACACAGGCUCAGUAUAUGGUGGUAUACAGCUUUUGAGCAGUCCUGUCAUAGUAAGUUAAAAUUAAUACCAAGAACACACCUUUUCUAUUAAUACCUGGGGCUUUUUUCCUUUGAGUUCAAUAUUUUGGGUGCUGUUCCAAGCUCCAGCAAAUUUUAAAAUUUAAAAGGCAGCCAAAUUAAGAUUUAAUUUAUACAUGAAAAUUUUUUUUUUAGUUUUAAAAUAUUGUUGUUUUUUUUUUUUUUUUUUUCUCUCCUAAAAGUUGAGCAUUAAAAAUCCAAGCUCUAAUAUGUAUUGUCUUGCCUGAUUAAUAAUAAUAUUACUUUGUGAUUUCUUUACAAAAUGGCUUGUAUUUAUGCUUUCUUAUUAUGCCCUGGGUUGGCCAAGAUUUUUGCUGACCUAUUCCACAAAAAAAUACAUCUGUUUGUGGCAAAUGCCCUCCCCUCCAUAUAAAGAAAAAAUGGCACCUUGUGGCGGACGGCCCCCUCCACCCUCCUCUUCCUAUGUCACUGGUACUUAUUUAUUUAUUUAUUUAUUUAGGCAUUUUUAUAUAGCGCUUAUCAUAAAGCUCUAAGCGCUUUACAAUUAUUAAAACAUGUAAACUAAGUAAAUACAAAUGAGACACUAGGAUAGUAACUACUAUUCUAUAGAAACAAUGAAAAUGGCUAUAAAACGAGGACACUUUGACACUUCAGGAUCAACCCGAAACAGAAAAUGAGGUAGGGCAAGGAGGGUGCAUCACAGGUCAUAGGCGGACCUAAACAGAUGAGUUUUAAGGGACUUUUUGAAAAUGGACGAGGUUUCACUAUGACGUAUAUGGAAGGGGAGCUGGUUCCAGAACGUGGGCCCAUGGAAGCAGAAGGAGCGUUCACCGAUGGUCUUAGUUUUGGUUCUUGGGAUUGAGAGGGUUCUACUGUCAAUGGAAGAACGUAGUUGUCUUGUGGGGAUGUAAGGAAGCAACAGAUCAGAGAGAUAGACAGGAAAGUGAGGGUCAGUGAACGAGUUGAAGCAAAGAUUGGAAGACUUAUUACCCCUACCUUCCUUGUAACAUCUCAAUCUCCAUCACAUCCUCUAAAGUCACCCCUUUCCUUACCCAGUAAAUAUGGGGAGAUGAAACUCCAGAAAAAAUGCCCCAGAGCAGAGCCAGGGUGGAGAACUCCUAAAUUGCCUGCUCCAAUACCCUGACUGUAGGUGCCAUAAUUAAAUUUGAUCAAGAAAAGGUUACUUUUUAUAUCUUUAUUUGUUUUCUAAAUCCUUUCCUCUCAUAAAUCAUUUAAACUUAAAAGUCUUAUCAUAAAGUAUGAUCAAUAUUUUGUUACCCUACAAAUUAUCAUAGUUUUACUUUGUCUUCAUUUUGCUAUUUUAUGUAUAAAAUUACCAUUGCUGACGUGAAUGUAAAUUUAAUUUUAAAAAUCACCUACAAUACAACAAGCAUCAGAUAAAAUUUCUCUGCAUCAUAUUUAAUAGUACCAUAUUUCUUUACCAGACAAAAAAAAAAAGGAUCCCAUAUAAAGCUGUUUUGAGUCUAUCAAUUUUUAUUCACCAUCAUUUUUCACUCUUGUUCAGAGAUGUACCUUACAUGGGGCAAGGAUGUGUUCUGGAUGUUACUUAAUUAAAACUAGGGUACUAAAUGGCACAGAAAAAAUCUGCUCCCACCCAGCCUUACUUAACAUUCUAAUGGUGUGGGUGGGUGUAUGUAUUGGGCAGGGACACAAUGUAAUUGUAUGACAUUUUCCCUGGAUUCACCACUGGUUUUGUUCAUGGGUAUAGCAAAUGGAACAGCUGGUGUGUUUGUAAGGUAAAUCAACAGCAGCUUACCUUGUUAGUUUCUACCUAUUAUGAGUACCAGUACUUAAAAUGUAUUAAUCAUGCAUCAUGUGGUGGUUACAUUACUAAGUUAGUAAUACUAAGCUUAUGUUAAUUUUCCCCAGCAUGUACUACAUCAUGUACAGUACUAGGCGUCCCUUAUGCUUUACCUGUACUAUUAGAAAAUGGCACAAAAUUCUAAAUUACAGGUAGUUUGUGUCAAAUUUAGUAGACAAUUUAUGUGAUAAAUCCAUCCAUCUCUGUGUCGCUAUAGCCCAUGUAGCACUAAUAUAAUGACAUACAUGUGUCAUUUUGGCUCAAACUCUCAUGUUGUGUAGUUGUAAGUCUUCUUUUUUCUUAGCCCUGCUGAAAAAAAUUAACCCAUUAUUAACAUUUUGAUAGACCAAUAUUCCAAAGCUUAAUGAUUUGUGUCAAUUGAUUGGUUUGAUUAGAAGAAAAGGUUUCUGUCUUUCAAAAUGGCACUCUAGUUCAAUAUGAGUACCGGUAUGAGGAUCCAAAUUGAGCAUCUCUAAAGUUUUUAAAAACUAUAAAAGAUCAUUGUACAGUACCGGUACUGGUAUUCAAAUAUAUUUUAAUAAAUGAAAUACAGAUGUACAGUAUUUUAACAAAUUACAUUAAAGUAUUCUUUAAGUACAUGUACACUUUAAUAACUUCAUCUUUUUUAGGGCAAAUGGAGCGAUCAUGUGAGUCGACGAUUCAGUUUGAUGGUCUGUUUAUUUAUAUCAAGUCUUGGAUAUGCAAGCCUUGGAAUUUAUUCAUCACUGGCAGUUCUGUUUUUGGGACGCUUUGUUUCAGGUUGAUGCUCUACUUAUUUAAUCAUACUUUACUGUACUCAUUUUACAACAAAGAAAUAUUUAUUUAAAAUGUAUUUAUUCAAUUCAUUCUCAUAUUUUAAAAAUGAGACCCAUAUCAACUAUAUUUCUUGGCAUUAAAAAAAAUUAAAUUUAGUCACAAUUUACAAAUGGACCAAUAGCAAUAGUGAGCAAUGUACCAGUAUAGUAGUAUUAGUAUUAGUACACCAAAGGUCUAGAGUCACUAUCACAAAUAAACAUUGCUAAUAAAAAGACAAUAAUUUUAACUCUUAAUGGCCUCCCAACUAAUCAGUGUCAUGGUAAUUGGGUUAAAAUAAUAAUAACUGAAGGUUAGAGAGGAUAACUUUGAAAAAAAAAACGUUCCCAAACACAAGGUUAAAGGUAACAAAUUGUGUUGAAAGUGUUGGGGAUAUUUCUAAACCCAGCUUAUUUUUUCAAGAACUGAGGACCUGUGUCUUAAUUAUUUCUCCAUCUCAUUACACUAACUCAGAAACCUGAUACCAGUAAUAGAAUGACAUGAUUGAAAAGUUGUAGUGCAAACUUUUAAUACCAGGUGAUCUAAAACUUUAAAUUGUGGUUGUUACUUAAAAGAAUUUGCUUUGUUUUGUUUUUUUAAAAUUAAUUUUAUAAAAUUAAACACCAACACCAGUGGCUUAUAUACAAUUCAAAGCUUCUGCUGUUGUUACUUGUAAAAGUAACUCUUGAAUUUCAACUGAAGUACCAGUAACUGUAUUUUUUUGUUUCUAAAUAGUAAUAUUGUGCUCCCGUCCCCUGAUAUUUUAGGUUGUUUCAAGCACAGCCAAACUAUUAGCAAAGCUCUGAUAGCUGAUAUUGUGGCUAAUGACAGAUUGUCUGCUGUACUUGGGAACUUUAAUUCAUUCUCCAGCAUAGGCUUUGUAAUUGGACCUAUAGUUGGAGGACACUUGGCAGAAAGUAGCGGUGGCUUUAUGCUCGUAGCUUUAGUUGCCAGCUCCUCAUUUAUUCUAAAUACAGGUAGGCUCUCAUUAAGUGAACUGUACAGAGAGAGGGGGGUGGGGUUUCCUCCAGUGUUAGAAGUAAAAGGCUGAAAAGGCCAAUCAUAAUUCUGGGUACUGGAUAAUGACAGCUAUUAAUUAAGAAAUGUGUGUAAGAAACCUGAUGCCAAUUUGGUCAAGUAAGUUCUAAAAUAUAUUUCCUUAGCCUAGAAGUCAUAAAUCUAUUUCUUACCCACUAACUAAAGGCAGGAAAUGAAUGAUUAAGAUGUAAUUUUUGUGAUUUUUUUUUUUUAGAUGCAAUAAUAGAAAAAUGUUAAAUUAGAGGUCACGCAAAGUCUGUCACGCUGGCGGGGGGGGGGUGUUUAAAAAAUUUGUGACAGUUUGUGGGGGGUCAAAUAUUUGUAAUGUCACAAAGUUUUAAUUUCUUUUUAUCUAAAAUUUUCUAAUUUUAAAAACAUUAAUUUGAGUUCGAAAUUGCCUCAGGGGUUGGGGAGCUGCAUGCUGCUCUUUAAUCUUUCUCAUGUAGCUUAUGGCUUUCUCAUGUAGCUUAUGGAUACUAUUAGUUAUUAGAUUACAAAAUUAAAAAUUGCCUCUUUGCCAUGAAAAGGUUCCCAACCUCUGACCUAGAUGAAUGUUAACAGAGUGGAAAAAACCCCAUCAAUUCAUGCAAAUUAAUUUAUUUUUCAUACCGUAUUCUGUCUUACGUUUGUACAAUUUUUAACACACCCUAAUUAAGAAUUAAUUUGAAAUAUUACCAUCAAGGACUGUACCAUAUAAAAUUUUACCGGUAAUUAAUAACUUUGAAGUUCACAUGGCCGUAGCAGUUUGUACAUAAAAGGCUUUUACCGUGCCCAAAUUGUCUUACGCAUAGCAAUGCGUUUUAAAAUGUGCAUGAUCGGGGGCUGAAUAAAUAAUAUCAGUACUGUAAAUGUAGUAAGAAGGUGGAAGCCGUGUAUCCUCUUAAAAUAUAUUUCUCUGGCGGAGUUUUCGUAAUUAAUCACCAUUUUAACGCCUGUAUCAGGCUAAAUAAAUGUUUGCUUCUGACACUACUGAUAGCUAAGGAAGUGGAAUUUAGUUGUAAUUUUUUUUUAUUAAUUUUUUUUUUGUUUGCAGGAAUAAUUUGGUGGUCAAUACCCAAGGACACAGAUCUAGAUUUGGAUCAUCAAAAUAAGCUAGAUGUGAUAGAAGACAGUCAUAUUCUCAUUAAUUCUGAUUUUGACUUCAGCUUCAAAAGAUUUUUUAAAUCAUUCAAAGAAUUUGACUGGACGGAGCUCUGGGACUUGUUUCUUAUAAAAUUUUUAGCAGGUUAAUAUUACAGUACUAGUUCUAUGGAUUAGGCACAUAAAUUAUUUAUUUUCGUACUCAAUCAUCUGUACCUGUGUAUUUUGUAACUUAUGUUGUUCCUUAUGCCGAACUCGGUUGACUUAAUACUUGUUUCAAAAAAGCCUAGUGUUGUUCCUUUUUUCCGCCCUCUCCCCUCAAUAAAAAAAAUAAAGUUUGCAAUUUUAGAAUCCAGGGAUUGCUUUUUGAAGUUGUUUUAGUAUUUUCAAAAUUCAGCUUAUUGAAAUUUUAAAGUACUUAAAAACUUGGUGCUCAUGAGAUUAGCAGUUGUGAAUGUAUGAGGAAAAUAGAUGCCAGUACAUAUUUUUACUUGUUUUUUUUAAUCUUAGGUUUCUCAGUAAUAAUCUAUCGUACCAACUUCACACUGGUUCUGAAAGAAAAAUUUGAUGCCAGCCCAAAAACAGUGGGCUAUAUGACAUCAUACAGUGGUGUAGUGGCAACAUUAUCCGGCUUUGUGCUUGGAUAUAUUACGAAAAGGUUAGUCAGUGGUUAUUAUUAGUUAGUUACUGGUACUUCAAAAUGUAACAAAUAACUAUUACUAUUAUAGUACUCCUGGUAUAGCACUCAUUACAUACUGUAUUACUGGUAGAUGGUACCCUACAGUAAAAUUAGUGCCGUAGUAAUUAUUAGUUUAGUUCUUUUUUAAAAAUUUAUCUACUGUACUUACUAGUAAAGUAGUGAUACUUUAACUCUUAAAUUUUUUAAAGAAUUUGGUCCUUUUAGAAAACAAAAAGUUUGCAACUUCAUUUUUACUACGGGUACUUAAACUUAAAACUUAUUCUAUCUAAUCACUUCCAUAUCAUAAUUUUCCCCACAGAUUUAGUAACCAAGCACAGUUGUUUUUAACAGUGACUACUCUCCAAGUGCUCACACUGAUGUGCUUGACUAUGUCUACCUCAGUAAUACAACUUGUUGUUUUUCUCACACCCCUGAGCCUGGUCACCUGCGUGUCUCGCGUGAGCUCAACCACUCUAACAAUAAGCAGGUGCGGAAGCUCUUCAGUAGGUUCUGUGAUGGGCCUGAGCCAAUCUGUUAUGGCGGUGGCUAGAAUGUUGGCUCCUUUCUUAGCAGGCGUUGCCCAGGAAUUCAGUGUUGACGGAGCGGAAUAUAUAAGCAUCUUGGCGGCCACUGCAAGUGUUGUUUUGAUGUUGUGGCGACCACAAAACCCAAGUCAUAGAAAUAAAAAGGUUAUAUAAUUAAUAGUAUUGGUAUUUUGUGGAGCUUUCAUGUAGUGUUCAAAUUAAAUAUACAUACAGAUACACCACAAAUUACUUUCACCUUUUCACUCAAACGCUUAAAACAGUGGUUCUCAAACUUUUGAAGACCUUCACCCCCCUGGGCAAGGAACUCGCCUAGGCUUUGAUACCACUUAAUAUUAUUUUAGCUGAAAUAGUGCCUCCUAAACUGUUCAAAACUUCACCAACUGCCCCAAUCAUCAAAUGGACCGAUGGCUCAAUCACGGUAAAAAUAUUACAGGUAAUCCACAUUGAUUGAAAUCAUUUUCAGUACCGUAUACAAUAAUUUUGAAUUAGAACUCGAUCUAAACUAUUUUUUUCUUUAGAAUUAGGUUUUAUGGGGUGGGGGGAUGUGUGCAAAUUAAGACAGGUCUAUUUUUCCAUUUUAAAAAAAACUAACUAUGCCUUGUCAAAGGGUCGUGACUUUGCCUACAUUUUGCCUUUAUGAAUAAUUUUCAACAUGUUAAUUUAUCUAAAAAUAAAACUAACACAAAGGUGCUAAUGUACAGAGUGGAUACCUGCACUUUUUUGUUAUGGUUGAAUUAAGUCAUAGUUGGUUAAGUUUGAUAAUUAAGGUUUUUUAAGAUUAUAUAACCCAAGGAAAAUGGGAUGACUUUGCUCUUUUAAAGUGAAAGACAGCAUAAUGCAUGUAGAAUUUAUAAAUACAAACAAAUAUGAAUAAGUCAUUUUCUUAUCUAUAUUUACUCUUUGAUCAUAAUAUUUCAUUGUAAUCAAAGUUUGGGGGAAAAUAAUAACACCAGUUUGCUUCAAAAAUGAUUGUCUGUGAACUUUUCUUUCGUGGCAAACCUUCGUCAUAUAGGUGUUGGCAGUUGCCCCAUUUAAUCGUAGCUUUAAUUUGUGAAUUUGUCAUGGUGGACUGUGUAAUGUCUUUCCUAUUAUUAAGUAUUAUCUCAGCUUAUAACUUUGGCAAACAGCAUCCCGAUCUUGUUUUACAAAAUCCAUUCAUCAAGUCAUCUUGAAGUGUUAUCCUUGACCGCGAUUUCGACUUCGUCAAGAUUGAUCCAUAAUAAAAAAUGUAGGCCUAAUGUCAAUUUGCUCUUCUAAUUGAGGCAUUACUAAAAUGCCUAAAUCUGAUCAUGUUUUUAGGUGCUGUACAAAGUUUAGUUCAAUUCUCCUGACAAAGAUAGCUUUACAAUCGCUUUCUUGUGCCUAUAGUAGCAUUUAUUAAGUUCCAAGAGGUCUCAAAUCAAUGGUGUCUUGCAUUGUAAUUAAUUGUAUUUGUAACCCUAUUAGUAUGUCACCGGUGACCUCCACGGACCCUUGAGUGACCUCUGCGGAUCAAAUCUCGCAUCACAUUAUUUUAACCCACUUCUUGAUCUCCAGUUGAUCUGAUUCUUUAUUACAAUAAUCCGCAACCCCCCCCCCCCCCCCCCCCCCNAGUGACCUCCGAUGACCCUUGAGUGACCUCUGAGGGUAUCCGAGGAACGGGCAGGGAGUGAUAGGGACAUCGGGUUUUCACUACCACCGUUACAGCGUUUCCGUACGCAUGGUACCCGUUCCCAAUAACAAUCAAAAGUGACCAAAAAAAAAAAAAAAAAAAAGUUUCAAGGUCAAAGGUCAACCACAGAGGUUGCAGGUGUUUGUAUUUCAUGGGGGAGUCACGUAUCUUUUUAGUCACAUGUUUCAACCCACUUCUUGAUCAGCUAUAACAUUUUUUCAAAGACUACACCAGUACCGGUACAAAAUAAAACAAUAGAUAAAAAUGCUUUAUAAAAAAUGUACCGUACCGGUAAUGAAAAGUGUUUUUAAAAAAUUUACCGGACCGGUACUGAAAAGUAUGAAAUAAAUGUCCCCCUUAUACUAAAACUAAAGCAUCAGAUUUGUUACAGUGCAGACACAUGACUAUGAGAAAUGACAACAUAAAAAGAAUCAGUUUUCUUUGCAAAUCGCAAAGACAUCUGGUUCUUAACCAGGGGUAAAAGUACCUCUCCAGCCCUGAGGUAUGGAAGACCAGAACAUUGCAUUCAGUGGUGUAGCUAGGGGGUUCGGACCACACCGGGUGACACCAUAUCAGGGAGUGACAAUAAAUGGAAAAUGUGCGUAUUUACAGAGCAUACACUGCUCGGUCUAACCAAAAUUCAUAAAAGGAUAACAGAUGACACGUACAUUUUCCACCCAUGUAAUAUCAUGUAACCAAUCAAAAUGCGUGUUUCAUUAAAAUUUCAAGGUUGAUGCGUUAGCAAUUAGGUUACCUUAUUUUAGGUCAGAAAUACACCGUUUUGACCACGAUUCAACGCCGAAUGAAGUGUUCAGGAAGCAAGAUAUAUUUAUUUAAAUUCUGAGAGAUAAAACUAUCCUUUGAUAUCAAUGGGCGAUUCUAACUAAUGUCACCGUUCUUAAAAUACAUUUACCUCCUGACCUGCAAUUAAUUUGUUUUUGUUCUUGUAUUUGUUAUACUGUGGACUAAGUUUAGCACGAAGAAUUACAUCGUAGAAGUAGAGGAUGGUGGGGGGGGGGGACGACAACACCACGAGAUUACCGGACCGGAUUACACAAACCCCAGCUACGCCAUUGAUUUGCAUUUGCUGCCAUUGAUAGUUGUCAGUGGCGUAGCGAGGGUGUUUGGCGCCCGGGGACAAGAUCCAUUUUCAGCGCCCUUUUUCUUUUUUUCAACUCUAAAACCCAUUAUUUUCAUCAAUAAAAUAAUAUCAAAGCACAUUUUGGCGCCCCUAACUAGCUGGCGCCCGGGGACAUCUGUUCCCCCCUGCCCCCACCACGCUACGCCUCUGAUAGUUGUUGCUGCUUUUUCUUUUUUUUUUCAAAGAAGUUUUUAUGCAAUUUGAUUAGCAGCAGUAGAUGUUUUUCUUGUGAAUUCUGGUUUCCGCAUUGCUUGCACGUGAAUUGAUAAUUGUUUCCCUUUUUUAAAAUAAAAAGUGAAUUAAAGAAAUAAAACUACGAUAACAGUUUAACUAAAUUAUUUUUAAUUGUAUUACAAAAUAAUUUAUACAGUUGGGGGGGGGGGCGGGGGGUUUAAACGGAGUGGGCGUGCUUAAAAGGUUAAGAAUCCCUGUCCUACAGAAUCUACUAAGAUUUACACACACACACCCCCAUCUCCCCAGAUUUACACACACACACACCCCCAUCUCCCCAACCAACAAUUUUUUUUUUUUUUUAAACGGAGUGGGCGUGCUUAAAAGGUUAAGAAUCCCUGUCCUACAGAAUCUACUAAGAUUUACACACACACACCCCCAUCUCCCCAGAUUUACACACACACACACCCCCAUCUCCCCAAUCAACAAUUUUUUUUUUUUUCGUUCCACUUUACGAUGGCAUUCUACUAAUACCAUGACUCCGGUUUCCACAUUUAGCCAUAAAUUCUCACGACUGUCAUUGUACCUACACCCCGAUUCUCCUCCUUUGCGUACGGUACUGAACUGUAACUUGAUCAGAGGCCAUUUUUCGGACCUCACAUACCAGUAACUGUCAUGAUUCUGUCAGUGAUCGUAGUUAAAAAAUAAAAUAACUAUAAUAGUAUAAAAGAAUCAUAUUAAAAAUGCCUGUAAUUUAGGAUUAUUAAGUGUUAUUCUUUUCUGCAAUAAUCCGGUUUUCAUGUGACAUCACAUUGCAUGAGGCCCCCCCCCCCCUCCCUCGUCACAAAAAUCUGACAGCCUCCCCCCCCCCCAGACGCAUGACGUCAUUUAUGGAUGGCCCCCAUACCGGGGUAUGCCGGUGCGAAGAAAAAGUGUGCUUUUUUUUUAUUACCGGUUGUUGUUUUUUUUUUAAUGUACCGGUAUAAGUAUAGGCAUAACCUCUUUUCACUUUCAUUGUAUGAGCGCUUUAGUUUAGUAUAGUGCAUCUCAUAAUUAUAUUAGAUCGCUAACACGUGUUGGUCUUGCACAUGUUACCCUGUGUUCGUAUUAUAAUUACCGGUAGAGUAUAGUACACGAUGGCAUUCUACUAAAACUAUAUUUUCGAUUUCAAAGCAGAAAAAAAAAAACUACAAAAAACGAAUUUAACAUGUUAAUGUUUAAUAAUACAAAUCCAAUUUUUAUUAAUUAGCUACACCAUUUCAAAUGAGUAAAACUUACAAUUACAAGUUGUAGCAAUAAAGCAUACGAAUACAACAGUAUACCAAUAGUUAUUUUACAACCAGCGUUUCCCCCAUCACGCUCUUACAUUUCCUCAAAAAACGUGUCUGCAGCGGGUACCCCGGUGGGUAUUAAAAAGACAAAACAUUUUUGAAUUACCGGUACCGUAACUAAGAUUAUAAUACAAGAAAGAAAUUCAUUACAUGUAGUAUGUAGCCUACAUGAAAGUCAAAUUUUGAAAGCAUUUUCCGCCCUCUGGUUUUAUUUGCAAUUUACCGGUACUUUGAUUGAAGUUGAAGUUAGUGAUAAAAAUUCAAAAUGAUAAGCCUAGUCAGAUUAGUAAUGGCAGUUGUGGAGAUUCAGUUCCUGUUUACAAAUAGGCGCUGAUUUUUAAUAAAAGAUGCUCUAAUUUUUUUUAAAAAUUAAAUUAGUUAAUUUAACUUUAUUACCUGUUAUCUUCAUUACCGGUACUGAGUUGGGGGGGAGGGCAUCCACAUUAAUAUGUCAUAUUCAUAUACAGGUACUCACAUAUAUUACUAGGUACCGGGUAUUACAAGUUGUUACAAAGUAGUCAAUAGUGAAAUUAGCUUUUCACACCCCCCCCCCCCUUUUCCCUUAAAAAAAAACCCAAAAAACACCGUACCCGGUAUGAUUAAGUUAUAAUUUUAGUUAUUACGGCACGGUAUUUUUUUAGCCAGUCACACUAAAUAGGUUAUUACACUUGAAACCAUCCAAAUGCCUACAGAGAACUAAUGGUCCUUGGGGAAUCAUUUGUAAAAUUGAAAAACAGCAUGACUAGUACUAGUACUAUGGUAUGGGUAUGAGGAGGAGAUUGUCCACUGGUACUGGUAUUUUUAUUUAAUUUUAAUUUAUGACAAUUGUGGCCUUAGAAAAUAAAUAGGAAAUGUGAAUGUCAGAUUAUUAGUUUAAGUACGUUAUUUCAAAUACUUAUUUAAGUUUAAGGUGUGACCGAAUUUAAUAAUUAUUGUAGUUGUAGCAUAAUUUGUGGAUAGACAAUCAUCAUAAUGCCCAGACCCGUAUGUUUGCUAAAUCUAAAUCUCCUCAUACCGGUACGGUACUUACUUAUAAAUUCGCCCACCCCAGUACCGGUAAUACUAAUAGUAUUGGUAAUACUAAUACACACGGAUGGCCCCUAAUUUUAUUAAUUUUAAUUAAGCACUUUGAAUCGAGUACCGGUUAAAAAAAAAAACUUUCAAUUUGACAAAGUACUGGCUCUUUAGUGGAACCGGUGCUUAAACUUAAUGAAAUUUAAAUACGGUAUCUACUGAUUCAAUGCUUUCCAAACUGUGUCACUUGCAGGGCGUGUCAUAUAAGUCAUAAUGACAUUCACACAAUUUCUAAACAUCAAAUGAGCCGAUCAGACAUAUGCAUCAUGCAAAGUUACAAAUACACCGUACCGUAUCCUCUUUUUCUCAGAUAAAAACAACAGUUGCCGGGUUAUUUUCUUAACCAAAUUCAUUUUAUUUGCAAGGCACACGCUGUAACUGAACUGCACAUUUUGUACGGCACUUAAAAAUUGAAUGUUUUAUUUUUAUUUGUUCAGUCUUCAUGUGUUUUGUUUGGCAUCGUCUCAAAUUUAAAUUUGUUAUCUAGUCAUCUAGCAUCACUUUCCCCUGGCUUUUCUAGAGGGAUUUAUCCGACACAAUUAAUGAUGCAAAGUUUGAGAUGAACAAACUGUGGUUGUAGUAUUGGGGACAAUAUUACAUUAGCAUAAACUGUAGCAAGGUAUUGUGAUUGGAAAUAACUCUAAAACCGAAGUUUCCAUGGAUCGUUAAUGUACCCGGUAUUUAUUAAAAGUAUUAUUUUUGAACAAUGAUUCACAUUUUGUAGUCGUGUCCCCAGUGUUUAGUUUGCGGCAAAAUUAUUGCAGAAGAAAUAUAUAACAAAAUAAAGUAAUAAUUUUACUCCAGUAUUUUGUCACAAAAACUGGUAAUGAUUCGGUAAAUACUUGUUCAAUGAGCUUUCAAAUUCAGAAAGUUAAGCUAAGCAUGAAAGCAUCGGAAAUAGGCUACCAGUACUUACUUAGUAAACUUAACUGCUUAAUUAAAAAAAUGCUAAAAAUUUAAAAAUGAGGAUCCACACAUUAUCACCAAAUCCACCUUAACAAAAGAAUCUUGGCUUGUUAAAAAGGAAAAUAUUAAUGUUAUGGUUGGAAUUCCACAAAGAAUUUAUUAAAAUCCUAUAAAUUGUCAGAAAAACAAUUGGAAGAUGCAUUCUCAUUCACUGAAUGAGAAGGCCACCUGAUAAAACUUAAACUACCGGUACAUAUAAAGGAUAUUUUGAAGUAAAGAGGACCAAUGGUCCCCAAAUGGCGGUCCAUGGAUCUUCACCGGUCCGCAUGCCUAACGCUGACCCCCAUAACAUAAAUAUUUAUUGUCAAAUAGAAAUAAAAGUAUAAAAAUAAAUCAUGCACUGGUCCCUGGUAAAAUUUCUAAACUUGUUCACCGGUCCAUCAAACGUUUGGGAACCACUGAAGAGGACAACUCGCUAACAUUGAAAAUUUAGAUGAAUCUAUCGAUUCCAGGACUUUGCAAACUUAAGGUACCCCAGUACCGGUAUCUAGUAUUUUUAAGUUUUAUUUUUCCAUUUUAAAUUCUACACAUUGUAGUACCAGUAUUCAUAUUAAUAAUUAUUAAUUUUAUUAAUAUGUACAAAAUUUAUGUACCUGUAGGUAAUUAAACUAAUAAUUUUUUUAAGAAGAAAGAUUUCAUGAGCUGUUACCAUAUAUUUUAAAAUUGGUCAAAGUUUAACUGGGAGCCAAUGCACAACUUUUGAAGGCCAAUUUCACUUUUCGGAUUUGUGCCCCCAUGCAUUGGAUACCGUAAUAAUUUGUUCACAUCAAAACUUAAUGCCCUUAAAAUAUCUGAGGGGUUGCGGUGCCCAUGGGACUUCUCUAUAUGCUGGUUAAACAGAUCUCUUGCACAGUGAGAUAAUAAAUUUCUAAAAAGUGUGUCACCAAGAUAAGUUUGACAAACACUGCUUUAAUUAUUUCUAUUGCAUCUUGGAAACUAUCUGAAUAUCUGGUACUACAACUACAAAUGAGCCCAUAUACAUUAUUUUCCUUCAGAACUGUCUAUUAUACCUUAGUACUGUCUUUGGUAUUUUAUGUCACGCCCUGUAAAAAGUGUAAGCCACUAAACACCUUUUUUUGAGCAUCCAUAAUAAAAUAAGAGCAGACAAUGUAGAUAUAGUUCAGUAUCCAAAUUACAUUGCAGUUUGCAGCCCUCAAAUCAGUUUGGGUGAAGUGAGAAGUUGUUCUAAACUGGUAUUCAUUCAGGUAAUUAUCAAUCACUCAAAUUUAAAAAUAACAAAAAAACCAACAAAACAAAUAUUACAUAAAAUGCAAUUUAAUGCAUGAACACAUGACAAUGGCGAGAAGAAUUUGAUGAUAAUGAAACUAUGAGAAAAGUCGGGUUAGUGGAAUGCUAAACAAACUCUACCAUCUCUUUGUGGUAGCUGAAGGGUCCAGAUAAAAACAAGUUUCAGUGUACCUACUUUGUUGUUUUUUUUCUUACAACUUCCACUAACCUUUUGAAAUGCUUGCCAUUAAUUUGAAAGCAAAUUUAAAAUGAACUUGUCAUUUCACUACAUGACAAUUUACACAAAUUUCAUUACAAAACACCAAAACGAUAAAAUAUUAAAAUACUGAUACACUUUUAAAAACUAUUUUUCGGCAUUCUGGAUUAAAGAUUCUUACGAAUGUUCACAAACUCAAAUUUGUUUUUUAAAAUUUAAGAGUUCUGAAUGUACGCUUCCUAUCCCUAUACAAUGAGUGCAAAUGGAGACUCUUUUGCCUAAAUAACAGAGCAUCUAGUAUAAGCUAGUGCAUGUUAUUCACUGCUAAGGUCUAUUACUGUAUGCAAAUGUUGCGGCAUGCAUUGCAGGAUCCAAUUAGUGGUCCUGAUUUAUUGCAUAAGCUGCCGUAGAACGGAACCCGUGUGCCCAAAACAGCACGGCGCAGAAUCAAGGCAUUAUCCAUUCAUGCCUGGUGCUUAUAAAGCCUGAGGUUAUGAUGAGAUAAUUAUAUAUAGGAGACCGAAUAAAUUUUUAAUUCAGACUUUGCCGAAAAAGAAAAUUCUUUGGGGGGAUAUGCUAUAAGAUCAAAAAAUAUGUACAAGACGUAGGCCAGGAGAAGAUGAGAUAUACAAAUAUUUAACAACUACUGUUGCCCAGCAUUAAUUUCGAAGCCUUUUUAACUGGGCCAAAGACAUAAGCCAUUGAACCCCCUUUUGUUUCACUAUGACAUGGGUCAUAAAUUACCAGGCUGUUUAAUUUCAGCCCAAUAUUUAGCCAUCUUUUGGUUACAAUUUAAUUUUACAAUAUUGGGCAGGAUUUAAGAUUUAUCACAUUUUAAAGUUAGACUAAGCUGUCAACCCCAAUUCUGCCCAUAUGAAUCUUCAUACCAAGCGUCAUCAUUUCCAUCAUAGCUCAUGGCCCCAUACAUGUCUUGCUUCAUAUCUUGCUUGAGGGGUUGCUGCGCUAUAGGCUGACUGCCCCAACUGUCUGUAUUCCGUCGCUUCGUACUUCCAGUUUGGAAGUCUGUGCCUGCUUUCCGUUUUCCUCCCCUGGCCGCGACUGGUGAUGUCCCUGCCGACGGGCUGUUUCCGUUGCUAGCCCCGCGUCCCCCACGCGAGGCCCCCCGGGCAGGUCCAGUUCCACGGCCUUUAGCGGCCGCCCCUCGGAUUGCCUGACCUCCUGUUGCGUGGCCACGCGGUGGGCCCCCACCACGGCCUCUGAUAGGCGGCUACCAUGAAACGGAAAAAGACAAUUUUGAGACAUUUUUUGCCCUAAUUAUUAGCAUGAUCAGGAUGCUACAGAAAAGGUUGAGGGGGAGUAUGGGUAACACCGGAAAUGUGUUGAUUCUUCCAAUUCAUCAUUUCAAUUUUUUGCAUUUUAUAUAUAUAAUUUUCAAAAGUUAAAAAUUGCUCAAAUUAACUUAAAUGAAAGUCAAUUAUGAACAUUUUAUGUUGAAACCAAAAGUGAUAGGUCCAAAAGUUUUGAAAUUUAAAAGAAUAACUUACACAUUUUCAAUGAUACCCUCCCCCCUCAUUAUGGAGUCAAACAGUUUAGAGAAACUGUGUGCUUCCAUGAAAGCCAAGCAAGACUCAACUUUGAAAUAUAGCUACCUCAAAAUUUUAAAUCUCGUAACAUAAAUAUUAGGAUAACCUUUAGGUAAUGUUAAAUAAUGUUCUGGUUGAGUGUAGCUUUAAUUCUCAGUUGACAUGUGAGCGUGACAUUGUAUUUUUUUUUACAAAUUAAGAAAAAAGUAUGUUAGACAAAAGAGCAAUAACUUUGUUCUCAUUUGGCAUAAGUCACGCUUACACGUAAGAGUCUUACUUGGUAAAUUCUUAUUUAAGUACUUACAGGGGGCAUGCCUCCUCGACCACGACCACCUCUCAUUGGGGGAACUGGUGGGUAGCCAUAGUAUUCAAAGUCAUCAUAGCCAUAAUAAUCAUCAUAGUAGGGCUCUAAAAUUAUAUCAAAUUAGAAUAAAAUGAUAACAUAUAUAUGUCAAGGUGACUAACAAAUUCACUUAAAACUCAAUAUAUCAUACUCCAUAUAUAGUAUAAAGAAGUCUGCUUCAGAAAGAUUGUGUGUGAGAGAGAAUUAUCUUGGGACUGAAUGAAUCAAAAGAAAAAAGUUGUUCUACCUGGAUAUGGUGGACGCCUUAACCCUGCCCUGGCCGAGGGAUGACUACCUCGCACUGGUGGUGCCCAAUAUUCAUCAAAGCCAAAAUAGUGGGCCCUCAUCAUGCGUCGUUCCUGAUCACGCUUGCGUUGCUCUUUCUUUUUGUUUUCAGAAGGGGGCUUAGCUAGAGAAAUGUCAACCUCUAAACUUCCAAUUUUCUGACCAUUUAGAGCAUCCAUUGCUUUUAGAGCAUCAUCUCUCUCCUCAUAGUGGACAAAGCCAUAAUCCUUUAUUUUUUUAACCCUCUCAACCUUGCCAAAUUCUCCAAAUUUUUCUUUUAGCAUCUCCUCACUGACAUCAGAUGUCAAAUUGCGAACAUACAGAACCUUAACCUGUAAUUUAAUAAAUGAAAUAAAAAGAAAUUAAAUAAUACGAAAUGAAGUUUAAGACUUGGGACUGAAAAAUAUUGUGAUGAAUGUAGAAGAAUCCAAUUACAAUAUAUAAAUUGCAUGGUUAUAAUACCCUGGUUCCCAAUCCAAGUUGCCAACUAAAAUGGGAUUGCAGAAGAUUUUCUGUUCGAUCAACUAAUCAAAAAUAGUGUGCUAAAAAAAUUUCAUGAAAUUUUAUAAUUAUAAUGCAAUUUUUAAAGCGAGUUCUUUAUGAAAAUAACUUUUUUUCUAAAUUUAACUACAGUAGAGGUGGAGUUUAUCUCCAUGGCAGGGGCUCCAAAUGAUAUAAACUGUCAGCACACAGCACUGAAUGGGUUAAAUAAUAACUUUAAAAAAUCCCAAUGACUUCCUCUUGCGCGACUGAUUUUUAAAAAAUAGAUGGAAAUUUAUAUUUUAUUCGGAAGUAACUUAAAAGUGAAAAAAAUUCUCUAAAAUCUUAGCAAACUUGUCUAUCUAUUUUCAAAAUGUCUGAUAGAUUCAACAUUUACAUACUGUAACAAUCUAUUAUUUUAAUAAAUUCUUUGAUAUUCAAAAUAAAACACAUUUCUGUUUCUGUAGGCCCGAUACUAUUUUUCAGAAAACAAAUGGAUGGUGCCAGCAUGGCAAAAUAAGGGAAUCGUGUACAUGGUCAUCUUGAGAUGUGCAGAGGAAAACCAAAAGCCAUAUUAGGUAAAAAUAUCAACCCAUGAAUGAUCCUCAUAAAGAUUUAAUUUCAUUAGCAUAGAGACUGACUGACGUUUUACAUACGGUACAUAAAAAUAUGAUUUUUACUGCAGACAAGCAAAGUUUUGUUAUGAAAUGAAUGGGUAUGUAGAUCAAGAUGUCUUCUAAAGAAAAGUGUGUAUUUUAAAAAAACCUAUGCAAGUUACAAACUUCUCCAUGUCCACUUUUACGAUACAAAUUUAGUAUUAAUUUAUUUCUGUUCCUAGGUAAAGAUUUGUUUUAAACUAAUAUAGUCCUCUACUUCAGUAAGUAUUAUAGUGCUUUAAAUAUUAAAACGUUAAGUGUAAGACUAAAGAGAUUAAAAAAUCAAUUUCAUAACUAAUCUAGUUUAAAUAAUCACUGUCAAUUCUGGUCAUUUUCUCACCUUAGACAUUGUAUCCUCAUCAGGUUCUUCCAUUGGAUCAGCCCAGUCAACAAUAACGUCACAUUGCCAA